UAGGAUCAGGGUACUCCACAAUCUCUGGGAGCAAGAAAAGCCUCUUCUAGCUUCCUUGUGGAUGGCUUCAAAUUGUUUGCCUAUAUUUUGUAAAAAAUGAAGAAAUAAAAGAAAAUCACUCAACUAUCCAAAACGUUUAUCAAAAUGUCAACUGAGACAAAUGAUGAAUAUGAAGCAGAAAAAGAAACUUUGGAAUUCACCAAAAUGUACAAAACUGUUCUACAAAGAUCAGAGGUUCCUAAGCUUGAGAUUCCAUUUGCAGUUCAGGAUGUCAUCAGUAGGAUUGAGCAAGCACAGGUCCAGCGAGCCAGAGAGCAUCUUAAUAUGCAGCUGACAGACAUAAUGCAAAAUGUGAAGCGUAUAAUAAAUUGCUAUACUAUGGAGGAGAAUAUGCAUGCUGAAAGGAAAACAUCCUUUAUAGAACAUAAGAAACAGAAAGGAAGUUUGCUGGAGAAAAUAACUGCUUGUGCUAAGACUGCUGAAAUUAAAAACAAGACUCUUGCCUACAUUCUGGCCUGGUUGGAAGAAUGGAAUGUCAAUUUGUCUGAGAUUACUGCAAUUGAUAUUGAAGAACACCAUCACUGUUUAGCACAAAUGGAGAUGUUACCAGAAACAUUCAAAGCUAUUGAGAACAAUAUCAAGAUACUAAGCAGAAUUAGUACAUAUUUGCUUGAAGAAAAGAAGAAACAAAAGAAAAAAACAGCAUCUAGAGGUUCUCUAUGGAAAUCAUGGAAAGAAAGAGUUAUAAAGCGACCUGCAACAGCUCAUGCUUUAAGACCAGAUCAGAUGAUUAGUGAUCAAUUUGCCACCGAAAAAAAGGUGUCAGAAAUCCAAGAUAUGCUUCAGGAACUCAUAGGUACUUCAAUGUUCAAUAAACUGGAAAACAAUGCUAUUAAAUAUAUAUCAUCAACAACAGUAAACCUUUCUAAAGCUUUGAGUACACUAAAUGAUGAAGUGAAAGCUGUUAACCUCCAUACUUCUGAUAUAUAUGCAAAUGAGACAGUUGAAAGAGAACAAGAGAUUUCCCUGAAGAUAAUACAAGAUCUCAGUGAAAGAAAUGAAAUGCUUCAGCAAAAACUUCAAGAAGCAGAAGAAAAAUAUGAAAACCUUAUUCGAUCCAAAGUUUUAGAGCACCAAGCAUUGCCCACAUCAACACUGAAAGUGUUACCUGAGCCUUCUCCACAAUCAGCCAUUAGCCAAGAUGACACAGAAGACAAUUUAGACAGUAUUUUGGCCAAAGAAUUUGAAAACAUGGUAGAUGAGGCCCCCCAAAAAGGGACCAAAGCCUUGGGGAUCAAGUGGGACUCAUCUCAUUUAUAUGCAGCCCAAGGUGAAACUACUGAAGAUUUAACUGGUGAGCAGAAAAAGUCUUCUGGAGAGAUCACUGAAGAUAAGAUAUCAGUGAAGAAAGGUGGUGCCUUUCAGAAAGAUGGGGCUGACGAGUUCCAGUCACAGAAAAAAAAGCAUACAAAAGGCCUGUCUGUGCAGGAGACCUCUGAAACAAAUGUGAAUGAUGAUAAAGGUAAACAGAAAGUCACAGGGACCAAACCUGAUCACCACUUAGAAUUACAAGCACUGGAUAAGAAGAGAAAAGAAACAAAAUCCUCUCCUGAAGCCAAAUCAAAGUCACUCACUGAAUCAAAAAAUCAACAUUUUCCUUCUGAUUUCCUUUCUGACAAGAGCCAAGGUGGUAAAAGUGGAACAAGUGGUAUACUGGAACAACUCAGGAAGGCUAAAUCUGAAUAUUCACAGAGUAAAAGUCAAAUUUCUUCAGAGAAUAAAGAGGAGCUCACCACUGAGUCAAUGAACAAAGAUGGCAGAAAUGAGAUGAGCAGCCCACCAGAGCCAUCCAGUUUGAGCCAACUUGAUUAUUCCUCUGAAAAAAUAAAAGGAAAGAAACACCAUAUCUCUCCAGAAAGCACUACAAGAAAAGAAGAAAAAUCUGAAGAGAAAGAUACGUCAGUCUUCACAAAGAAAUUCAAGUCUCUUACACUUGCUAAAUCAGGUAUUCCAGAUGGCGAAAGUGAACAGAGUAACCUAGAAGAAGUUCAGAAAGCCAUAGUGUCAUUCCUUAAAGAGAAAACUGAUAACAUAGGAAAGCCCUGGGAUAAAAAGACUGAGUCAAAAAAAGAGUUAUUAAGAAGAUCAGAAGUUGAGAAAUUAGGAAUCGUAAAGACAAAAAUGGAGGAAUAUUUCCAAAAAGUGGCUGAAACUGUGACAAAAAUCUUAAGAAAAUACAAAGAUACAAAAAAUGAAGGACGAAUUAGAGAGAAACCUUUGAAACAAAAAAAGGCAGUCUCCUUUAUGCCAGAACAGCAUUCUCAGGAAACAACUAGUGCAAAGUCAGAAAUUAGCACCUUAAUUUCACAGGAGAGGCUUGACCCACUAACUGACAAUUUAAUACAAAUGAUCUUGACCGAACUAGAAAGUGAAAGGAAUGUUCCAGAAGCCUCAACAGUAGGGACAGACUAUAAAGAGAAGGAAAAACAAGAGCUAGAAGAAAGGUGGUUUGAGAUGAUAAAUAAGAAUUUGGAGAAGGAAGGGGCAUGGCUCCCAGUGAAGGAGGGAAAGCAAGGGCAACAGAAGCAGAAACAGUGGCAGGAAGAAGAGGUGUGGAAGGGACAGCAAAAACACAAGAUACAAAAGCAGAUCGAGUCAGAUGAGAAGCAAAAGCAAAGGGAAGAGGAGAAAGAAGGGUAUCAGAAGUCAAAGCAGCAGCAGUUGGAAGCAUGGAAACAAAAAAUGAAACAACAAGGUGUGCCUUUGGAGAAGGAGAAAGGACAGCAGAUGAUGCAGGUUCAGAAGGAAGUGAGACAUCUGGAGCAAGAAAGCAGUUGGGAGAGAGAGGAGGAGAAGCAGAAGGCAAGGAGAAAGGUAGGGGACUAUGAAAGUCAGAACCAAAAAACAGCAAAGAAGAUGAAGCCAUCUGAACAACUAGAACAGGUGCUCAGUCAGACUUCGAUCCCAUUGUUUCACAGGUGGGAGAGCACACAGAAAGACAUACCGCAGAUACACCAAAGAAAAGAUUUCACUGGGAAUCUUAAGCAAUUAGGGGAUCUGGCUGAAGGAAAGCAUCCCACUCCAAUCACUACUCCCAUCUCCACACAAUCUUCCUCACGUGGAUCCUCUUCUGUUUCUGGAGCAUCUCUUGCAAAGUCCAUCACUCUUACCUCUAGGCUUGCCCAAGCAAUGGAAAUUGACCUCACUUCUGAAGAGGUCGAGGCACUGGAAAUCACGGACACCUUUAAUCAGGUUCAGGCGUUGAGGGAAACUACUCCUAAGAUGUCUCAGGGUUUGGGGAUGGCUCUUAGCACAGAGCAGGCCCAGGCUCUGGGGAUUCCUGUUACCCUUCAGCAAGUUCAAGCUCAGGGCAUCAUGCUUACCCAUCAGCAGGUCAAGGCCUUGGGAGUCACUCUCACCCAUGAACAAGCUCAGGCACCAGGGAUUACUCUCACCCCUCAACAGGCCCAAGCACUAGGGAUUCUUGUCACCCCUCAGCAAGCUCAAGCUCAGGGCAUCACACUCACCCCUCAGCAGGCCAAGGCACUUGGGAUCACUCUCACCCCUGAACAAGCCCAGGCACCAGGGAUCACUCUCACCCCUCAGCAGGCCCAGGCACUUGGGAUCACUCUCACCCCUGAACAAGCCCAGGCACCAGGGAUCACUCUCACCCCUCAGCAGGCCCAGGCACUUGGGAUCACUCUCACUCCUGAUCAGGCCCAGGCACCUUGGGUGUCUCUCACUUCUCAGCAGGCCGAGGCACUGAGGAUCCACAUCACCCCUGAGCAGGUACAGGCUCAGGACCUCACUCUUACCCCUCAGCAGUUCCAGGCAUUGAGAAUCCCUGUCACCAUUCCACAGGCUCGGGAUUUGGGGGCCCCUUUCACUUUAGGACAGGCUCAAGCAUUGGGGGUUUCUUUCUCUCGUGAACAGUUUGCAGAAUUAGGGGUUCCUCUCACCUCAGAUAAAGUGUAUACCUUAGAAUAUCCCCACAUCCCAGAACAAAUCCAACAUUUGGACGCUCCUUUCACCCCAGGGGAGGCCUGGUCUGUGGGUAUUACUGUUCGGUCUGUGCAGGACCCAAAAUCAACAACUCCUCUCAUGAAGGAGCAGCCCUUACCACCCUGGGCUGGUCCUCCUUCAGAGCAUACACUGAAAGCUGGGAUCUCUUCCAUUACUGAUAAAUCUGUCACAAAACAUGCUCCUCACACUCCUAAGGUGUCCUCAGUAUCAUCUGCUGCUAUUGCUGAGAAGUCCCUUGUAUUUGAGGUGCCUUCUACUCCUAUGCGUCUAUCAAGGUUUCCUCUUAAACAAGCCCCCUCUGAGAAAUUCUUGGGCAUGAGGAUUCCUUCAGACCCUGAGAAGCUCCUGGCACCACAGACUUCACCUUCCUCCAGACAGACCCUAGUGUCUAAGGAUCUAUCAACCUCUGUUCCGUUCCCAACACCAGUUCCCAGUCCAAUAUUUGAGCUUUCUCCCACUUCACAGCAGCCCCUGGAACCAGAGGCCCUUCUUAGUUCUGGGCGAUUCUUCAUAUCUAGGGACUCUAUGACUCCCCAGUCACCUUUGAUAUUGAAGCCCCUUCCUGACCGCAGACAGCCCCUUAUAUCUGGAGUCCCAGUCACCUCUGCACAGAUCCCCAAAAUCUGGGCUCCUCUCUCUCCUGGGACAUGCUUGUUUCCUGGGACCUCUUCCAUCCCUCAAGAGGUCUUGAAAUCUGGACCGUUAACACUCUCUGAGCAGUUUCAGGCAACCCAGACCUUUGCCACUCGUAAGCAAUCUCCCCAGUUACAAGCCCCUUCUGCCCUUGGGCAGCAUCUGCCAUCAAGGACCCUUCCUGGGCAAGCUUCCUCAGCAUGGGUCUCUCCCACCCCUGGGCAUCCGCGAACACUGUUGACUCCCUCAAUCCCUGAAAAGCCACAGAAAGAUUUGUCCUCUGCUGUCUCUAAGAAAAGGAAGGAAAGAUUGUCAAUCAUUUCUUCUCUGAAAUUGAAAUCAGUAUUGGUCCAUCCCAGUGCUCCAAGUUUCAAGGUAAUUCAAGCCCCUGACGCUUCUGAAGAAAUCCAGAUACCUGAAGAUCCUUUUACCGUGGAACGAUUUAGAAUGUUUAAGUCCCAUCUCACCGAUUACAAGACACCAGUAUCACAAGCCCCUUAUGUUCAUGAGAGGACCCUUCCUACUCUCAUUAAGCCUGUAACGCCACUACCUUCUCUUAUUACGACUCAACUACUCAAAACACGGCAGAGCUCACCUUCUGAAUGGGACCGGAAAUCCCCACUUCCCCCUAUCAAUAUGCCCUGGGUGCUGACUUCAGUUUCAGGUACCAAGCAACCCAAGAUGAUGGUGCCCACUUCCUAUCCCCAAGAGCUCAAAGAACAGAACUAUUUUGUUGAUGUGGAGGCUCAGCGGAAGAACCUGAUACUCUUAAAUCAGGCCACAAAAGCUUCUAUACUCCCUUCACAGCUACACACAGAAGCUAGGAAUCUCAUAAUUGAGACGCUUCAUACAGACAAAGUUCGGCUGGGAUACUUAUUCCGCAAGUACAAUGCCUACAGACUGAUCCAGCGUGCAAGAAACAACAUAAUUAAACGAUUACAAGCCAUCCAGAAUACUGGAAGCAGUUAUGAGACCCAGAACCUCUACAUAAUGCUGAAGAGGAUUGAUGAUUAUCAAAAAAAGGUGAUGCAGAUCUGGACAGAGAAGCAGAAUUCCCUAGAGCAGAAACGCAAUCGGUGCCUAAGGAAAAUGAUGUACUUAUUCAACCAGCUUCAAGAGGCAUAUAAAUUGAAUCUUGAUCAACCUAUCCCUUUGGUCAUUGAAAAAAAGCAAAUACCUGCCUCUACCAAAUCUGUUCAACAGCCAUACCUAAAGCUACUGAAAGAAGACAAAAGGAAGUAUAACAUUCUCAAUAAAUUUAGAAAAGACGACCAACUGCAAGCCAUCUGGAAUGCAGAUCUAUCCACUUCGAGUUACCCAAUAACAGAGAAGACAUCAAUGCAUUCUCUCUGGGCCCAGCUGGGUGGGUACCCAGAUAUUCCUAUGCUGCUUCAGUUAGAUGUUCAGUCAGCCUUCAUAAGAUCUCUUACAUAUAUUCAAUCAAGGUUUAAGAAGAUUCCCAGUUCUUCAGGCUAAACAUCUUCAUUUCCAGACUACUACCACUCAAGAAAGAAUAUCUUCUGGUCUAAAUUGCUGGAAACACAAAGCUUCAACAAACACUAAGGUAGGCUGUUACAAAAUGAUCCCUGAUGUAAUGACAAAGUGGUACAAUAUACCUCUCAUGCCAACCCAAGCCUAAAUAUACCUCAGAAAUAAUGGGUAAAAAAAAAAAAAUGAAAACGAAACCAGCAGAAAUCCCUGGAGGGUCAGGAGAUACUUAUGAUUUGAUAAAGAAGGAAAAUAGAAGCCCUGGACAGAGGAGGGCCAGGCUUCCAACAUGGAGAGUAGAUUUGGGGAGAAAUCCUGAUUUGGACUCUUUUCUAUCCACCACUGCCCAGAGUAGAUCACUACCUUUCCCAUCAGCUCUUCUACAAUACCAGAAAGUAGGUUCACAGGGGAACACUACUGGAAGGUUGGAUUGGAAAAAAAAAAAAACAACAGUAAACUUCUGAUUCAAGAAACAAGCAUCUAAAGUUUUCCUCCUACCUUUCCUCAUAGGCUUUCUCUUUAUCCAGAGGGCUAGACAAGUACAUCCUUAGAAAAGAACAAAGCCUUGGGUAUAGAGAAGUUCACCAAGGGGCAAAGCCCGCUGAUGAGAGCAAUACACAUAAGAAUAUUCAAAGUUGGACUGUCUCACUCACCAGGAGUGGUAUACAAGCUAAAGCCUAGGUUUGACACUUCCCACCUCGUUCUCCUUCCAUUACCCACUGAGAUAAUGGAUACUCAUGAAAGAAAAUGACCUCACAGGGGAAAGUACCUAGACAAUUAGGAAGAAAAUAAAUUAAAUAACCUACUCGAGAUGAAAGAAUUACUAGAAUACAAGCCAAAUAAAGACC